GACCGGUUGCACGUUCCUGGCGACCGGUCACUUUGCAAUCUGUCUAAAAGCAACCGGUCGCAACUACCUGGCGACCGGUCGCCUGCCGCGAGCUCCAGCUUCUUCUUCAGACCUCGAAUCUGCUUCAAAAUGACCGGUCACUUUUCCCUUGCGACCGGUCGCUUCCUCCUUCACUUGCAUACUAAAUGUGAGCCAAUUUUACAACAGGAAGCACAAUGAAGAUAAGGGUGGAGCCUCCUCUACACUUGCAGAGACUUUAUGUGGCUGGUUGCAGACCCAUCAUUGGAGUGGAUGGAUGUCAUUUUAAGGGUCCUUUCUCAGAAGUGAACGGAUGGGUGGAUGAAUUGAAGAGGGAGAGAGAGAUGAUGGCUAAGGCAGAUAUCAAUGGCAAAGAUCGUAGAUGGUCUCUUCAUGGAAUGACUGCUCUUGUCACCGGAGGAACGAAAGGGCUCGGGCAUGCUAUUGUGGAGGAAUUGGCGGGGCUAGGUGCAAUUGUACAUACUUGUUCUCCAAAUGAAGACCAGCUCAAUGACUGCUUGAGUCAAUGGAAGAUGAAGGGUUUUCAUCAAAUCACUGGUUCAGUAUGUGAUCUGGUGUCAAGAGCCCAACGGCAUGAGCUAAUAAACGAAGUCUCAUCACAGUUCAACGGGAAACUUAACAUCCUUAUAAAUAAUGUGGGAACUGCUGAAGUAAAACCAACAAUCGAGAGCACAGCUGAAGAUUACUCAUUUAUUAUGAGCACCAAUCUUGAAUCAGCUUACAAUUUGUCCCAACUUGCACAUCCUCUUUUGAAAGCUUCAGGAGCUGGUAACAUUGUUUUCAUGUCUUCUGUUGCUGGCGUUGUAUCAAUUGGGGAGGUCGGAAGUAUAUAUGCUGCCACUAAAGGAGCAAUAAAUCAAUUGGCAAAAUCCUUGGCUUGUGAGUGGGGAAAAGAUAACAUAAGGAUCAACAGUGUUGCACCUUGGUUCAUCAAAACUCUCACGGCUGAACCUUAUCUCAGUGACGAAAAAUAUUUGAAGGCUAUUAAUUCUCGAACCCCGUUAGGACGGCCGGGAGAGCCGGAAGAGGUGGCAGCGUUGGUGUCAUUUCUAUGCCUCCCUGCAGCUUCUUACAUAACUGGGCAGACUAUUUGCAUCGACGGAGGUUUGACUGUCAAUGGCCUCCUCUUCCAAGGAGCAUGAAUAUAAUUGGAAAGUUGAGCACAAACCAUAAUGUUUCUUUCCCAAAUUCUAGUGAUGACUGUAGUAGUGUACUAGUAGGAGACACUAAUUCCAUUGUAUUCAAAGUGCUUUCUAUAGAAAUGAAUUUUCUUC